AUGCCGGAAGGUGCUGCAGUACCAGAGAAAAUCACUGAGAUAAAGGAGUACCAGGGCCCCUCUCCUCCCGCCGCCCCCCUCCGCCCGCGCCCGCCCUGCCCCCCGCCGCGGGGCCCGGGCCGCGGCAAUAAGAGCGCCAGCGGCGGCGGCUCCCGCGGCUCCUGCUCUGCCCCGCCUCGGCCCGGCGGGCGGGAGCAGCUGCGCGAUGCCCUCGCCGCCGCCGCCGCCGUGGGCUGCCUCGGACCCAGGGAGACCGAGGCCCGGCGCCAGGGGGAGAGGGCGCAGCGCGAGGCCCACGGAAAGACGGAGAAGCAGCUGCAGAAGGACAAGCAGGUCUCCCGGGCCCCGCGCCGCCUGCCGCUGUUGGGUGCGGGAGAAUCUGGCAAAAGCACCACUGGGAAGCCAGUGGGGAUCCUGCCUGUUAAUGGGGUUAAUGGAGAGGGCGGCGCCGAGGACCCGCAGGCUGCAAGGAGCAACCGCGAAGGAAUGGAUUACCCCAGAUGAUGGCUGCAGUUUACCAUCUUCCCGGCUGUGUCCUGUCACACCUUGCAUGCUGCAAUUACCCCGCCUUAGAAACUUAUAAUAAGAAUACUCUUCUGUUAUGGGCGGCAAGGGAUGGAGCCCUGCCACCUAACUUCUAAAGAUAACUGAAAAAAACAAAAACAAAAAAACAAAAGAAAAGAAAAACCUUAUAAAACACACACACGCAAAAAACCCCAAAAGUGAAAUCCCUAACUGGCAAAAAUGUAGUGUACCUAACCAAAACAGCCAUCUUUGUAACGUGAUUGACAGCUCAUACUGUACCAAAAGGGGGCAUUUAAGAAAUAUGAUAAGUCCUUAUUGAACAACCUGUGUGCUAGAUGCUCUGCUAAAAACCCGUGAGCCCUACUAACAACUUGCCUGCACUUCCGUGAAUCUGUUGUACAAGUAAAUAUAAGUAUCAA